UUCCUCCUGAAUGAAUGAUAACUAUUAUGAGAUCAACGGCUAUGAUCGUAACACCAACAAAGUGACACGGAGCAAUCUUAACGACCUUUCCGUUAAAAAGGGUAUUUUCGUCAUUUCAAUCAGUUCCCUUUCCCGCCAUUUGGAUGAUCUCCUCCGUUGCUACGAUAACCCAUUUAAGGAGGAAAGCCAGAAGAGAAACAGAGAAAGAAGAGCAGAGAAAACAAAAGAAAGAAAAUCAAAGAAGAUGCCAAGGUCAUUCUCUGAGUCAGCUACAAUGCGAACACUGAGCUUUUUCAUAGUCCUUUUGUGCGUUUGGAUAUCUUUCAGGAUGACCAAUCGCUCCAAGUUUUCCUUCUCCUUUUCGUCUUCUUUUUCAUUGAAUUCCAAAUCGAAUUCCUUCUGGAUUUUUCAAGAUAUACUGUUGGAUAGCGAGGCUCUGGAAGACGGUCAGGCUCCUGCUCGGUCACUCGAGUAUGAUUUCUAUCGGGAAACUUGCCCUGAGGCUGAUAAGAUCAUUCGAGCCAAGGUUCAUCAACUCUUCAAGAUCAAGGCUUCUUUGGCUCCUGCUCUCCUUCGCCUUGCUUUCCAUGAUUGCUUCAUUGAGGGAUGUGAUGCUUCUAUCUUGUUGGAUGCUGUUGAAGGGAUGGAUUCGGAGAAAGAUUCUCCUCCCAAUGAAAGCUUGAAGGGUUUUGAUGGAAUCGACAUAAUCAAGUCAGAUGUUGAACAAGUGUGCCCUGGUGUUGUUUCCUGUGCUGAUAUUCUUGUUUUGGCAGCUAGAGAGGCUGUUCUUCUGUCUGGUGGCCCAUUCUAUCCACUCAAUACUGGUAGGAGAGACAGCACUGCCUCUUUCUCUGAUAGUGCCACAAACGAGCUUCCUUCACCGCAUGCUGAUCUGUCUGAAACCCUUGCAUCCUUUUCGUCAAGGGGAUUUGAUGAAAGAGAGACUGUCACUCUCUUAGGUGCUCAUAGCAUUGGAGUCAUCCACUGCAAAUUUUUUCAAAACCGUCUGUAUAACUUUGGUGGGACUGAUGAGCCUGAUCCAACUCUUGAUUCUGAAAUUCUCGAGCAAAUGAGAUCAAAAUGUCCCAAGAACCACUCAUCAUCAUCACCAGCAGCACCACCUUUUUCGGAUGGUUCACCAAUGAAAGCACCUCGAUCACCUUCACUUUACAACUCACUGUCAUCAGCGGUACCACCAUCAACUUCCUUUGACAAAUUGUUAUCUUCAUCACCUAAGGAUCAAGGAACGGUGAUGACCUAUGGGGGAACUGGAGCAGACUUUGGCACCGUGUACUAUCGCAGUCUUCUACAGGGUAAAGGAAUCCUCUAUGCUGAUCAGCAGCUAAUGGCAGGGGAAGAAACUGGACUAUGGGUUAGAGCAUAUGCUUCGGAUGCCUCCUUGUACCAGCGAGACUUUGCCCUAGCAAUGAUGAAGCUCUCAAAUCUCCACGUUUUGACAGCACCAAGAGGUCAGAUCCGGCUCAAUUGUUCAAGGGUGGCAUGAUGGAGAGAGAGAGUGAGGACCAGCAUAGUUUGUUAGACAAAUUUUCGAGUAGUUUGGCGCUUUUGUUCUUUUAACAACUUUAUCUUAGCCCCUUCUAGUCACAAUCAAUGAACUAGUUUAAAUGUUGCGUACUUUAGUGGGGUUUUUCUAGUUACAUCGUCAUUGUAACAUCAGCUUACAGGAAAUGACUGUUGAUUGAGGUUCAUAGAACAUAAGUGGAAUAGAUUUUCUAAAGAAAUUAGUCUAA